UGUGUGCGUAUUGGCUGCCACGGCUGCCCGUCACUCCGCUCAGGUUUAGGGAUAUGCUAUCAGAGCAGAUUAUGAAGCAGACCUCAUCUCGGGCAGUCUCCUCUGAUUGUCUCAAUGGCUAAACACAGUGUUUUUCUUAUUUUUGCACUGCUACCUUUUGUUUUUAUGCAACUGUCCUUGCCCUUUGAUCAAGUGCCUGCAAUCCUGGACAAAAGUUCAGAGGUCCCCCAGUAUCAAGCUAUCAGAAUCAGAACAGAUGGAGUGGACGUAGAGAAUCCAAGUGCCUCGCACGAGGGCAGUUAUUUGCCUGCAGCUGAGAAUCCGCUCAGAAGAAUACUGCAGCCUUAUGGGUGGCACCUGCAUGCCCAACCCAGAACUAAGCGGAAGCUACUGCAGUCGACCAGUUCUGGGCCAUACUCUCCACUGACCGUAGCCUACAAUGGCAAGAUAUGCAUUCUGUUCAAAGCCAAACGUCUGGCCAUUCGCUACAGGAAUCACACUUUCCUGGAUCUGACUGAGAGAGUGUUUGGGCCCAAUGCUUCAGUAGAGACAAAAGGCUCAGUCUGCUCCAAGGAAAAAGCAACAUUGUCCCUGCACCUUGGAGAUGUGGAGGACAUAAGAGGACUUGUCAUCAAACUUCAUAUGUCCAACACAUUUUAUGAGUCGGCUGGCCAGAACUGGUUCACUCUGGACAGUGUUCACAUCCACUACAACUGGUCGCACGAGGCUGUUUUCAACGCCACCGAGGUUUACGCCCCUGCUACCUAUUCUUACCACUGCCAGCACGUCAGCAGCUUACAGAAAUAUGACACCUUACUGGUGCCCAGCUCCUACACUGACAGCUCGGCAAACUGGCACAUCACAUUCACAGACUUCCAGAUCCAGGCCUUCAAUGUUCAGUCCAACAAGUUUGCCUCAGCCAGUGAUUGCGCCACCUUUUUCACCCCUGCCAUUCUGAUGGGCCUUAUCACCUCCCUGAUCCUGCUCCUGGUUCUGGCUUACGCGCUGCACAUGGUGGUGCAUUUAAAGCACAUUGACCGUUACGAAGAGCACAAAGCUACAGUCUACUUUCCUCGCAGCCCCGAGUCGGAACACCCAGACAAAAACAGUCUCUGAAGGACAGCUCCCUCACCCUUCCAGAAUUGCACUUUACAGAAUGCCCAGAGUGUUGCGGUGGGUGUGCAGUGGCAGAGCACAGGACUAGAUGGUCCCGGAGGGCAGCAGUGUCUUUUAAAAUCCCUGUUCCCAUCAGCCCCU